AUGUCGCCGGGCAUGGUCAAGAACCUCUUCGGUUCCAAGUUGCGAUGUGGUUUGCACGGUGUACAGCGAUCGUUGCCUUGUCCUGAUCCGCAGACAGUAAACAGGCUUAACGGUGAGUCGUUCCAGCAGGACGCGUUAGUAACGUUUGGAGCGUACCAGUACGCGGUACACUACCUCCCCUCCACAACGAACGCGUCCGUCCGGCACCCUGCGCUCUCGAGGCGCGCUUUGGAUGGCAGCAGUAGCGGCCCGUGGCAGACGGCCACGUUCGCGGAUUACGACCAGACGGAUGACGACGGUCAUAAUAUCAUCUCGCUCGGCAUCUCCCCCGGCGACGGCACCCUCCACCUCGCUUUCGACCAGCACGACAACCCGCUCAACUACCGCAUCUCGGAGGCGGCGCUCGCGACCUCGCCCCCUCCCGACUCUGCCUGGGCGAAUAUCACUGCGCUUUUCUCCCCCGUCAUGAAUUUCCUCCCGAAUCUGACUGAGCUGGACAAGGACACGUACUUCAUCAACAUCACAUACCCGAGGUUCUUGAGGGUUCCGGAGGGCCUGCGAGGAGAGGAUAAGCCUGAUUUGGUGCUGGAGCUGAGGGUGGGGCGGUCGGGGCUUGGGGAUGAUUGGUUGUAUACGUAUGCGCCUGGCGAGGGGUGGGCGCUCGUAGGGAGGUAUUUGGAGGGUGUGAACAAUAACGCCUACAUUAACGGCUUGGACUUCGACUUGCGUGGCAACCUACACGUCACUUGGACGUACCGCGACUAUGUUAACGACAUCGGCCAGAACGUCGCGGUAGAAGCGGGGCCGAACGGACCCGAGAACAAUCACGACUUGAACUAUGCCUUCUCCCCGCCUGGUGCUUCUCCACUCAUGACGUGGAAGAACAACUGGGGUCAGAUGGUCGGGAACUUAUCUGCUAGCGACGUCCCGCUCGACGCAGAACCCAUCCUCCCCAAUAGCGCCGGUAUCGUAAUGUUCGGCAUCCCAAAAUACGGUGGCAUCCUGAACCAGGAAGCACAGACGGUUGACCGCGACGGCCGCGUGCACGUCCUCAACCGGGAGAACACGACGGGCGUCGAGCGGUGGUACCACUACUGGCGGAGCACGACGGGCGACUGGACGCGAACGCCCCUGCCGCUCACGUUCGACCCGCCGAGUGUGAAUAAUGUCACGGGCACACCGACGGUUAUCGGGAAGCGGGGAAAGCUCGUGGCCAUUCCGCCUUCCCAGUCGCCCGCACCCCUGUUCGACUCGUCCUUCCCCACAACACUGCUUUACGUCCUCCCUUCUAACGCAGCGAACUCCAGUGCGCUGACGAUCCUCGCGUCCACGGCACCCGGCCACUUCCGAGAUUGGCGCGUCGUAUGGGAGGUGAGCGCGGGGUGCGGGUGGGAGCCACUGUUUGAUCGGUAUAGGCUGGAGAAAGACGGGGUGCUCAGCUUUUACCUGGUUAAUGGGACGGACGUGGGAGUGUUGGAUUUAGGGAUGGAGGGGCUAUGAAUGAGGUGGAAAGAGAUGCGGGCCGGGGAUGUGAAUAUGAGGCGACGUGAAGGAGUCGUGAGGAGGGGCAACGACAUGAGACAUGACAUACAGAAGCUCCUCCUUUCGAUAUGGUAUUGAAUAGCAUGCGAGGCGAAUGGGCGCUUCCUCAGCGAGCAAUGCCACACUGAUCGUGACGGUG